UCCUGGGGCCAGAAGGGACGGCGCGGGACGGGCUGGGCUGGGUGUGCCAGGACCUGGACGGAGUGACGGAGUGACGGAGUCAGCACGGAUCGGGGGGGCACGGACGGCGAGGCUCUGGCCAGGGAGGCAGGGCCGGACGCACGGCCACCACCCGCGAGGACCGCGUCGACCCGCGACACGACGACAGCUGCCGAGAUCUUCCGCCGCCAGCCGCGCCAGCCGCGAUAGCCGGAGAGAGAGGGCGGGGAGGGGCCCAGGCCCAGCCCAGGCCAGUCCAGGCCAGGCCAGCCCAGGCCGCCGGGCCGCGCCGCAUGGCCUUAUGGCUGCAACCGCAGCGCCAUGGCUAGAUAGCGGCCUCAGCAUCGGCAUGGCGACCCCGUCAUGGCCUAGUCCAUCCAGUCCGCACAGCCACGGUCGGUGGGCCACCGCAGCCCCCGCAGCCCCCGCAGCAGCUGCAGCCGCAGGCCGGCCCAGCCUUGGCAGCCUCUGCAGCCUCUGCAGCAACUGCAGCCUCGGCGGCAGCCGCUGCAGCCUGUGCAGCCUGUGCAGCUGCAAGGAACAGUGAAGCGCGUCGCAGUGUGGCAGUGUCGCAGGCAGUGUCGCAGUGCUGAGCAGGCCAGGCCGCAGGGCCGCGGGCCCCAGCGAGGGCCCCAGCGAGGGCCCCAUGGCAGCCAGGCCGUAAUGGGCGCGUGAUGGCAAGAGAGGAGGCGCGCGGCAAGCAACCCUUCAAGAUAUGGGACAGCCAAAGAAACCUCCGCAAAGGUCUGGUGGUGUCAAGUUUUGAGGAACUCGUUGUCCGAGGCAAGGAGAAGCUCGGCGUCCCCGCCAACGAGGCCGCUCGCCUGGUGCUCGAGAGCGACGGCACCCAGGUCGAAGACGGCGAGUACUUCAGAACACUCCCCAACAAUUCGGUGCUGCUGCUGCUGCGGCCCGGAGAGCGCUGGCGCCCUCCAGGGGUCGACUUCAUCCGCGCGGCGAUCACCGCCAUCCCUCGGAUCGUAUGUGAGACCAUCAACGCCCUGGAGUUGCAGAAUGAGGUGCCGUCUUGGAAGAUCAUGGACAACAAGGGCCGAGUUACUGUCGUCCUGCACUGGGACCACGCCAAGGCCGGGCAGGCCGGGCAGCCGACGACGGCGGCCUCGGGCUCGAUGGCGGGGACGGUUGGCGGCGGCGGCGGCGGGCCCGCUGGUCCGGGCAAGUCCAAGCCGCCGGCGCUCGUGAUCCAGACGUCCCUGGAGAAGCAGCAGGCCGUGCUCAACGACAUCUACACGCCGCCCAGCUCGGCGCGGUACGGCCCCGGCCCCCACAUCACCGUCAUCAACCACGACGACGAGGUGGCCGGGCUGGGCGGCCAGGUGCCGCUGCAGUCCCCGGGCCCCACGCAGACCAGCCGGCACCACCUGCAGGGGGCGGGCUCCUCGCUGGACACGGCGUGCGCGCAGCGGGCCGCCGCCCUGGCCCUGGCCGCCGAGUGCGACUUCCACUGCUGCGCGCUGCACGAGGAGGGCCGCUUCAUCGCCGUGCACAAGAGCGUGGCCACGUCGCCCAUCCAGGACGUCGGCUCGCAGACCUCCCCGCAGCCCACCUCCUCCAUGGCGGGGGGACGCACUGGCACGCUCCGCGGCGGCCAGCACGUGCGCUUCCUGGACAUCGAGGGCCGCGGCGGCGCCAUGCAGGCCGAGCACGGCGGCGACUCGUCCGAGUCGGAGACGGACAACACGGUGCUGGAGGAGGAGGCCGUGACGAGCGAGAAGUUCCUCCUGCUCAUCGACCAGCUGUCGGUGGACCAGAAGCGCCACCUCUCCAUCAAGGACAUCGGCAUCAUCCUGGAGCGGCUCAACUCCAAGAUCCUGGACGUGGAGCGGCUGGACCGCGAGAGCGAGAGCGACGACUGCUACAACUGGACCAUCAAGGCGACGAUCCGGGGCGACGUGCUGCAGGAGCUGGGGGUCAUCUACAACGGCAACUACUACGCCAUCUCGGAGCACCCGGGCUACAAGGAGGACGUGGAGCCCGGGCUGCCCGACCCGCCCGAGGAGGAGGAGGACGAGGACAGACUUUAAACUAUUUACUAAUACUUUACUAAAACUUACUCUGUGAGUGUUGGAGCUCGUCAAGUGAGUGUUGUUGUUCGUUGUUGUUGUUGUUGUUCAUUGUGUUCACCACUUUCGUCGUCAUUCUUCAUCACUUUGUGUGUCGCCUCAUAUGGUUUGCAACCAGCAGCAGCAGCAGCGGUAGCAGCAGCGGGAGGGAAGCGGGGUGGGGCAGUGAGCGCGCCACGCGUGUCGUAGCUUCCGACCGGCAGUGACCGGAAGUGACCGGCAGCGACCGGAAGCAGACACAGCUAAGUUGUGCCGAGGCCGGAAACGCAACGCACGUCGUCGAAACUUUUUCAUGAUUGUGAGAAGGUUGCAUGUUAAGUGCUGUGAUGUUUACAUGUUAAUUAGGAAUUGUUGGAGGGAUUGUUGGACGACGCGACUGGCGCAGCAAGCCAAGUGAGAUAGAGAUAGGGCUGGCGACUUUGGCUGCCCCGCUCGGGUUUGGAGAAAUACCACGGACGGUUGUUAUUUCAGAAUGGUUUUUUCGCAAGACUACCAUCAUCAAGACAAAAAAAGGAAAAUAAUAAAAUAAGAGGAGUCGCGUUUUAUUUUUUAGGUUACGAGAAUGUCAAGAUAGAGCUGACAGUCUGUGUAUGUAAAUUCAUAUAAUAGUGGGAAUGCUGUUGAAAUUAAUAUCAAAAUCCUGUACGAAAAGCGUGUCGGUGGCCUACAGUGCCCUGUGCGGCCGCGCCAGGCAGCCUCGACGCCCAGCACAAGUUUGUUUCCCUUAGGAAGAACAGAGUGACCCUUAGAACGAUCAAUUUUUCACAAACCGUUCUUGAUUGGGAACGAGAAAAUUAGCUUUACUUUGGUACGCAGAUAACGUUACUAGCUGGAAAAAAAGGUCCCAACAUUUAGUGUGAGGAAAAUAAAAAAAUCAAUCUUUUAUGUUGAUUUUUGUUGUUGUUGUUUUGUUCUUUUUUAUUAGGGUUAUGAUAUAAGAUAGGGGGAGAGGCAGGAGGGACUUUUGGAAAAAACGGGCGCGUUUCUCAGAACCAAUGCCCAGCAAGGAAUGGCUGGUCUAAUCGGCUUGAUAUCCAUUCGGACCGUCCGUUCCUGGCCGGGAGGGGAUCCCUUUGCUCACGCAGUCGCUCCAAAGAUCUUUUUUCUCAAGUUUUACUGACGAAGAGCAAUACUCGACACGGAGUCACGAAGUGCCGAAUGGCUGCGAGGCGUGGCGGGGCGGGGCGUGGCGGGGCGUGCAUGUGUGUGUGCGUGUGUGCCUGUGUGGGCGGGUGUGGGUGAGUGCGUGUGUGUGCGUGUGUGAGAGUGUGCGUGCGAGAGGGGUGGGGAGUGGCCGGACUGCGUUCCGGCGUUCUUAUCUUGCCGAAAUCUUGCUGUCUUACCAAAAGUCUUGUUUCACGUCUCAUCAUUGUGACUUGUUUAAACUCUGGGAAGGGAACAGGUGGACUGUUCCCUGAAGUUACCCGUGUGUUCUUUACGGCAGAGAACGCUGUCACCCUGUUUGUUGAUAUUAUUAAGUAAUUAAUGUACGGUUAAAAAGCUUUAAAAAUUAUAUUAUGUAAACGAAAUGUGGAAAGACAAACGAACCGCCGACGGAUUUUUGUUUUGGUCUUGAUUUGUUGAUGUUUUUGUGAAGUACGAAUUCAGACUGUAGCAUUGUUAACUAGCGAGACUGUAGAUGACGCUCGCUUACUCAUGCCGAAUGUGCUCCGACUACAGACAGACAGACUGCAGCCACAGAACCGCAGUCAGCGAGAGUGAGAGAGAGAAUGCGUGAGUGCGCGACGGAGUGAGUGACUGAGUGAGAGAGAGUGAGAGAGAGAGAGAGAGAGAGAGAGAGAGAGAGAGAGAGAGAGAGAGAGAGAGAGAGAGAGAGGAAAGGAGGUCCCGCGUGGCCCACGGCCUCGAAGGCCAAGCUGCUCACACAUUUUUAUUUUGUAAGACCGUGUAAUAAUUGUAACCGAAUAAUUAGCAAAUGGACUGCCUAAAUGUCACAAUUGCACAAAUUGAGUGGUGGCUGUGUUCCCGUUGUCGUUGCAUAUCGCAGGCUGGGCCUCUGUAAACACAAACGACAAAACAAAACCCAAAUCGGCAAAUGGACGCUUUAAUUUCUACGGUUCAUUUUCGUUUUCGAAAAAAAAGGGACAAAAAAAGAAAGGCGGGUGCAAGGACGGAGGAGGCGGUCGGGAACGGCAGCGAGUCCC